AUGUCAGACCCACUUCCAUUAACCGACAUUGCUGAGGAGACGCCCUCUGGAUCGGUUUCCAGGGCGGCUUCUUAUCCCACUCUUUAUAACGUCGAUACCCCCCUUUCACAACACGCUGAAGAGGACCACCAUGCUUCGAACGUGCAUGCCAAUCCUCAUGGACACCCAGACCACUCACCGCCGCCGCCCGUAUCGCCAAAGAUGGGGUAUACUCGAGCCAGAAGUGGUUCCUCUGUAUCUCAUGUCAAUAUCGAGUUUUUCGAUCCAGAAGGUGUUCAGGCCUUGCGGAGGACGAUGACUGAGGAGGCUCAGAACCGCGGCCGACCGUCUGCCGCGUCUUCAUCCACUGAUCAUACCCUAACCGAUGGGCCUUUCGAUUUUGAAAAGACCAUUCGUCAUCAUGUUCGAAGACGAGAAGAAGCACAAAUCACGCAGCGAUCCAUUGGUGUCGGCUUUCAGAACCUCCGUGUCGUCGGACUUGGUGCUUCUGCGUCAUAUCAGCCAACCCUGGGAUCUUUGCUUAACCCCUUGGGCGUUCUUGAGACCGUCCAAAAUAUCCGCCAUCCCGCAGUCCGUGAUAUUCUUAGUGGAUUCGAGGGUGUAAUUCGACCGGGGGAGAUGAUUCUCGUUCUGGGUCGGCCCGGUUCCGGAUGCAGUACCCUCCUGAAGACACUCGCUAAUCAACGGCAAGAGUUCCAUGCAGUAGAAGGAGACGUUCACUACGACUCUUUGUCACCUCAAGACAUUCACGACCAUUUCCGAGGCGAUGUGCAAUAUUGCCCAGAAGACGAUGUCCACUUCCCGACCCUCACCGUAGAGCAAACACUCAAAUUCGCAGUCACCACACGUACUCCGCGAGCUCGCGUCGACGUCUCCAGGGAGCAAUUCCAAGACGAAACGGUGAAGGUCCUCACUACCAUUUUUGGGCUACGGCACACUCUAAACACUCCUGUCGGCGAUGCUGCCAUUCGGGGAGUGAGCGGCGGAGAGAAGAAGCGUGUGUCGAUUGCUGAGGCUAUGGCCACGAGGAGUUGUGUUGGGGCUUGGGAUAACUCUACUCGAGGGCUCGACUCGAGCACUGCUCUCGAGUUUGUCAAAGCCUUGCGUAUCGCGACCGACGUCUUCCACGCGACCACUAUCGUUUCCAUCUACCAGGCUGGAGAGUCGCUGUACAAGCACUUUGACAAGGUUUGCGUCAUCUAUGAGGGCCGCAUGGCUUAUUUUGGCACUGCGGACAAAGCAAGGCAGCAUUUCAUUGACAUGGGCUACGAACCUGCGAACAGGCAAACUACCGCCGACUUCCUCGUAGCAGUCACAGAUCCUAACGGCCGCAUUCCCCGAGCUGGGGUCAUCUCCCAACCACGUACUGCAGCGGAAUUUGCGGAAUACUUCCUCAAGUCCGAGGCGGGCAAAGAAAACCGUGCGGAUUUGGACUCGUACCUGGAAGAGUUUGUGGGGAAGCCUCAUGUGGCAUCUGCGUAUAUGACCAGUGCUCGUGCUGAGUUCGCCAAAGGAAGUGGGAAGAAGAACCCGUACAUGUUGACUAUCCCCCAGCAAGUUCGGGCUGUCAUGAAGCGAAGGGUACAGAUCAUUCGAGGGAACCUUCUUGCUACUGGGCUUCAAGUUUUCUCUUUCAUUUUCCAGUCAUUGAUCAUGGGCAGCGUCUUCCUCAAGAUGCCCCAGAACACGGCCAACUUCUUCUCACGUGGCGGUAUCCUCUUCUUCGCCUUGCUCUUCUCAGCCUUGACAAGUAUGGCUGAGAUCCCCGCUCUCUACUCUCAGCGCCCCAUUGUGUUGAGGCACGAGAGGGCAGCGCUUUACCACCCCUUCAUCGAAGCCCUGGCUCUUACUUUGGUCGAUGUGCCGCUUACGUUCCUUACCACCAUUGUUUUCUCGAUUAUCUUAUAUUUCAUGACUGGUCUUCAAAGAACGGCCUCUCAAUUCUUCGUCUUUAUACUGUUCUUGUUUACCAUGUCUAUUACUAUGAAGGCCUGGUUUAGGACUAUCGCUGCUGCUUUCAAAUCUGAGGCAGCCGCUCAAUCGGUCGCGGGUAUUGCUAUCCUUGCCCUUUCUAUCUACACUGGCUUCACCAUUCCCAAGCCCUCGAUGAUUGGCGCUUUGAGGUGGAUCACAUACAUCAAUCCUCUCCGUUACGGAUUUGAGGCGAUGAUAACUAACGAAUUCCGAACUCUCGAAGGGGAAUGUUCCUCCCUAGUUCCUCGUGGUCCUGGCUACGAGAACAUUACCCUCGCCAACCAAGUGUGCACAACUGUAGGGUCCGUACCUGGGCAACCCUUCGUGGACGGCAACAGGUUCGCCGCCAUCUCAUACGGCUUUUUCUGGUCCAAGACCUGGAUGAACUUUGGCAUAGUCAUCGCUUUUGGAGUCGGUUUCCUGACGUUUUUGCUGCUCUUCACUGAGUUCAACACCGCUUCUGCUGUCGAGUCAUCCGUCAUGCUCUUCAAGCGUGGAACUGGUCCCAACAACGGCUCCAACGUUAACGACGAAGAAGCCAUCAAUGAAAAAGACUCUAGAGGCCUGGUGAUUUCUGACGACGACGAGAAGCUCCAGAAAGAGGACACACCCAGUGCUCCUGCCAUGAACGACGUUUUUACGUGGCAACGCGUUCGUUACACGGUUCCUAUUGCCGGGCAGGACGACAGGUUGUUGCUUUCCGACGUAUCGGGUUAUGUGGCCCCUGGCAAGCUCACGGCUUUGAUGGGAGAGUCGGGCGCGGGAAAGACAACUCUGCUCAAUGUGCUCGCCCAGCGCGUCUCCACGGGCGUGGUCACGGGCGAUAGGUUCGUUAACGGGCAAGCUCUUCCAGCCGAUUUCCAAUCUCAAUCUGGUUACUGCCAACAAAUGGACACUCAUGUACCGACUGCUACUGUCCGUGAAGCUCUCCUGUUUUCGGCAAAACUCCGUCAACCGAAAUCCGUUCCUUUGGCAGAGAAAGAGGCAUAUGUCGAGAAGUGUCUGAAGAUGUGUGGUCUUGAAAAAUACGCAAACGCUUCUGUUGGAUCUCUUGGCAUCGAACAUCGGAAGCGUACGACUAUUGCUGUUGAACUUGCAGCGAAGCCAAAACUUUUGUUGUUCCUUGACGAACCUACCUCAGGUCUUGACUCGCAAAGUGCGUGGGCAAUCAUGUCAUUCUUGAGGAGUCUCGCAGAUAAUGGUCAGGCCAUUCUUUGCACAAUACAUCAGCCGUCAGCGGAGUUGUUCCAAGUUUUCGACAGGUUGCUACUUCUGCAAAAGGGUGGUCGCACUGCCUACUUCGGUGACCUUGGUCGAAACGCUACCACCUUGAUUGACUACUUUGAGAAGAAUGGGGCACGGCCUUGUCUUGACGACGAAAAUCCUGCGGAGUACAUGCUGGACGUCAUCGGAGCUGGUGCAACCGCUACGAGCAAACAAGAUUGGUAUCAACUCUGGCAAUCAUCUCAAGAGUCAAAGGACAACCAGCAGGAAAUCGAAGCUAUCCACGCUGAAGGUCGUAAUCGACCAGCAAUUGCCGCAUCCAUCCGUACCGAAUUCGCCACUCCUUGGGCAUACCAGGUAGUCGAACUUCUCAAGCGUGAUGCUGAAGCGCAUUGGAGAAAUCCCACGUACCUCAUGGCGAAGCUCAUCCUGAACAUUGUUGGUGGUCUUUUCAUCGGGUUCACGUUCUUCAAGGCCAAGCAUAGCAUCCAAGGCACGCAGAACAAGCUCUUCGCGAUCUUCAUGGCAACGAUCCUCAGUGUCCCCCUCUCGAAUCAACUACAAGUUCCUUUCAUUGACAUGAGAACUGUGUAUGAGAUUCGUGAACGUCCUAGUAGGAUGUACAGCUGGACUGCGCUCGUUACUUCGCAGGUCCUCAUUGAACUCCCUUGGAACAUUGUAGGAGCCACUCUGUUAUUCUUGACGUGGUUCUGGACCGUGGGUUUUGAGUCGUCACGAGGCGGGUAUACUUAUCUAAUGCUGGGAAUCGCGUUCCCACUUUAUUAUACUACGAUUGCACAAGCUGUCGCAGCAAUGGCACCAAGUGCGGAAAUUGCAGCCUUGUUAUUCUCAUUCUUGUUCUCCUUUGUCAUUACCUUUAAUGGUGUGUUGCAACCCUUUGCCCAACUCGGCUGGUGGCGCUGGAUGUACCGCCUGUCACCAUAUACCUAUCUGAUCGAAGGCCUUCUCGGUCAAGCUAUCGGUGGCCAACAAGUGUCCUGCUCACCCGUCGAAUUUGUGUCGAUCACCCCACCUAGCGGGAUGACCUGCGGCGAAUACAUGAACCCAUUCAUUUCGGUUGCAGGUGGCUACCUCACCAACGCAGAUGCCACCUCCGCCUGUCAGUUCUGCAGCAUCCGCACGACGGACCAGUUCCUCAAUGCCGCAUUCAAUAUCUUUUAUAACCACCAUUGGCGGAAUUUUGGCUUCAUGAUGGCGUUCUUUGUGUUCAAUUUCUCUUGUAUCUACCUUCUCACAUAUAUCUUCCGGAUUCGCGAGGGCAGCAUUUUACCCUCGUUUAAGAGGCGUGCUGCCAAGAAGUAAUGUAUCCAUUGACAUCUAGACAAACGGGCACUCGUCCCUUAAUUGUUAUGCGGACUUUAUCCUAGAUAGAUUAGAAGCUGGGUCGAGGAUUCUUCAUUUUAUUCACAAGGGAGGAAUAUAUAUCAAACGGACCUAAUGUAUUCAUCUUACGCAGUACAUUACGAUUGAUACGAAAUCGUCAAUCGUAUCACUAGUCGCAUAGAUUCAGAAAGAAAAGUUAUACAAUAUGUAGCAAAAAGACUAAAUCUGCCCAAUC